GUGCUGUGUGCUGUACCAGAAAGUGACGCGCGGUUUUUAGUGUAAAGUUUCCAGCACCUAGCAGUGCAAGAUGCCAAUCGCAGUGACAAGAAGUUACACGGCCAGACUGAAUCGGACGUUGCCAGCCUUCUGUCCGAUACGGCAGCGAAGGCGAAAAGUGUUCCAGGGGGUAGCAACCGGGAAGCAAGAAGGAGUGAAAAAGGGUUCCGUUAGAGAGACGGAAGCAAAACCGCACUAUCUCCGUGACAAUCUUCUGCAGCGAUUAGUGAAAUCUUUGGCCCAGCUGUGGAAGAAGCGUCUAAAGAAACGGCAGUGUUGAGCAUUCGGCAUUACAGCAACAUCUCGGGAACGUCACGCCACAACCGGUGAUCUUCCCUAGCCAAUUCGUUUUAGAAUCUCCCUGUAGCUUCUUACCGCACCACGAGAUAUAGAGCAACCUGCACGAAAUAAGUCUGCACCAAGCAAAAAAAAAAACAACUACAUAUCAACCAUGCCGGCUUACGCUGGGUUCGACAGUUUUGGAACGUCCCGCCGGACGGCCGAAUCGCUGUACUACACCGCGAAGGAGUACGACUCGGCGGAAGAGUCCGACUACGUCCGGCGCGCGAUCUUCGAGGACGGUCCGAACACCAUCUUCAAUCGGCGAUAUGUCGAUCCGUGGGAUAUGGAGAACUAUGUCUACAUUCGCAAACAAGUGAUGGAUCCAACGUCCGAGUCCGAGGUACCGCCGUCGCCCGCCGGCGAACCGAUACAGUCCAAGUUCUACUACGUGCCCGGCGAGCUGAACGGCAGUGGGUUGGAGUGUCGCGAUUGCUCCAGUGCCGAGCUGAUCGAUCCCGAGUUCGAUCCCGUCGCUCGUGGUGAAGACCUGGAGGGUCAGAGUGUCGUACUGCUGCCGGAGGAGGAAGAUGCACUCGAUGGAGAGAGCCAGCACCACCGUCAGCAGCAUACGAUGGUGGGCGACGAGCGGCCGAGCGAGCUGGAGGACGAGCUGAACGCCGAGGACGACGAGGACGAGGAUGGAUUCUACACCGAACGAUACGAUACCGUUAUGGACGAGGAUAGCAUCGGGGGUGAUGAGCAUGUCUACAGCUCAUACACGGAUCUGGAAACGUCAUCGACGGAGCAGCCAAGCUCGUGCGACAGCUCGAUGUCGGCGCUGCGCCUGCACACGCCCGGCUUCGGCAAGAGCGCUUCCAGCCGGCGCCCGAUCGUGCUGCCGAAGCCGCUGCCCCAGCUGGAGUUUCCCGGGCCGCCGUCGUACGAGUACUACGAGCCGAGCUGCUGCUACAUGCCGCUGCCACCGCCACCGCCGCCACCGCCUCCGCCGGCACACUUCCAUCACGCUCACGCUCAUCAUCAUCAUGGACAUUCGGGGCUCCCGCUCGGACCACCGCCGUCCGUCACCGGGACGAUCCUGUCCGACCAGCACAACUACUACACGCUGAACGAUUGUCUCGAGUGUGCCCGGCAGGAGGCGGAACAUGUGCCGCUGUACGCGACGACCAGCAGUGCCGGUGGGCUGGCCGGCCCGCCCGCCGGCAGCCCGACGAGGCGGCGGUCCCGCAGUGUCAGCGUCGUCAGCCAGAGUAUGAGCAUUGCUAGACGGCCGAGCCAGAUGCUCGAUCCGGCCACCGCGAUCGCGAUCGCAGCGACCAACGCUAACGUAUGUUACACGCCGCAACAUUUCAGCUUAAGCAAAAAGGGUCUGCUGCAGAUCGACUACUCCUGCAACUGGAACAACCUGGAUCGGUACAUUGCCAAAUGAUGAUAAGGGGUGGUGGUUCGCACCAGAGAAGCCGUAGUCGAUAAGUUAAUUUAAA